AUGCCUUCCAUCCAAACAACUAUCAUCAUCCAAGCACCACCUGAGCUAGUCAAAGACAGGUUCUUUGACUAUGCUGCAUACCCAACUUGGAAUCCCUUCAUGGUGAGUUUUCAAAAAUACACAAACACCUCUGAUCCCCAAUUGAAUGAGGGAGAUGAACUACAAAUCGAUUUAAAAUUGAAAGGCAUGAAACACACCAGCACAAUGUAUCCUAAAAUUAUUAGCAAGACUGAACUGAGCUUAGUUUGGAGAGGGGUGUUGGUUUCCGAUUGGAUCUUUUACGGAGUACACAGUUUUACAAUUGAGCCAUUGGAUGGAGGAAAGCGUACAUUAUUUGUUCAACUGGAGCAGUUUGGUGGGUUUUUGGUAUACAUUUUACAAUUAUUUGGAGUGUUGAGUAAAACCAAAGAGUCCUUUAUUGAGUUUAAUGAAGCUUUGAAAGAUGAGGCUGAGAAGUUGAUCAAUUGA